AUGAUGUGCGAGGUGAUGCCCACCAUCAGCGAGGACACGGCGCUGAGCCAGCGCGGCUCUCAGAGCGGGUCUUCGGACCCGGACUCCCACUUUGAGCAGCUGAUGGUCAACAUGUUGGACGAGAGGGACCGGCUGCUGGACACGCUGAGGGAGACCCAGGAGACCCUCGGCCUGGCCCAGCAGCACCUUCAGGACGUCAUCUACGACCGAGACUCUCUGCAGCGCCAGCUCAGCUCCGCCCUGCCGCAGGAGUUCGCCGCACUGACCAAGGAGCUGAACGCCUGCAGGGAGCAGCUGCUGGAGAAGGAUGAGGAGAUCUCGGAGCUCAAAGCCGAGAGGAACAACACCAGGCUACUGCUGGAGCAUCUGGAGUGCCUGGUGUCCAGACACGAGCGGUCGCUCCGCAUGACGGUGGUCAAGCGGCAGGCUCAGUCUCCUUCGGGAGUCUCCAGUGAAGUCGAGGUCCUCAAAGCGCUCAAGUCCUUGUUCGAGCACCACAAAGCUCUCGAUGAGAAGGUACGAGAGAGACUACGGGUGUCACUGGAGAGGGUGUCGGCCUUGGAGGAGGAGCUCACAGCAGCCAAUCAGGAGAUCGUGGCCUUAAGGGAACAAAAUGCUCACAUUCAGAGAAAAGUGGCUUCCGGGGACGGAGGAGAGGACCUCCUGGAUGGCAGUGAAGCCCAACAGAAGGUUCACGGCAAGCGUCUCUCCAACGGCUCUCUGGAGUCGGCCCAUGAGGCGAGCCAGGUGGUGGAGCUGCAGGACCUCCUGGAGAAGCAGAACUACGAGCUGGCCCAGAUGAAGGAGCGCAUGUCCUCCCUCUCCUCCCGGGUCUCCGAGGUGGAGCAGGAGCUGGAGACGGCCCGGAAGGACCUCAUCAAGUCGGAGGAGAUGAACAUCAAGUACCAGAGGGACAUCAAAGAGGCCAUGUGUCAGAAAGAGGACAUGGAGGAGCGGAUCGUGACUUUGGAGAAACGAUACCUGAGCGCCCAGCGGGAGUCCACCUCGGUGCACGACAUCAACGACAAACUGGAGAACGAGUUGGCCAACAAGGAGGCGUUCCUCAGACAGAUGGAGGAGAAGAACAGGCAGCUACAGGAAAGGCUGGAGCUUGCAGAGCAGAAGCUCCAGCAGACCAUGAGGAAAGCGGAGACGCUGCCGGAGGUAGAGGCUGAACUGGCGCAGAGGAUAGCAGCCCUCACCAAGGCGGAGGAAGCGUCACGGAGCAUUGAGGAGCGAAUGAGGCACUUGGAAUGCCAGCUGGAGGAGAAGAACCAGGAGCUGCUCCGGGUGAGUCACCGCAGAGAGAUGAACGAGGAGCACAACAAGCUCCUCUCGGACACGGUGGACAUACUCCUCACAGAGUCCAACGAGCGUCUUCAGCUCCACCUGAAGGAGAGAAUGGCGGCUCUAGAGGAGAAGAAUGUGUUAAUCCAAGACUCUGAAGGUUACAGAAAACAGUACGAAGAUUCAAUCCAUGAAAAGACACAUCUGGCAGAGGAGAUCGACAAACUGAGAUCAGAGCUGGACCAAUUCAGAUUGAGGGCAGGCUCCCUCACAGACCCCACCUUGUCACGGUCUCAUCUGGACUCGUCAACUGAGUUACGAUUCUCGUUGGGAUCUCUGGCUGAAACCCAGUCAGACCACUAUCGUUCAGCCAAGGUCAUCCGCCGAACAAGGAGAGGUCGAAUGGGUCUGCGUGAAACCAAGGCUAAGUCGCUCGGGGAGCACGAAUGGCGCUCGCAGCAACUCGGGGUUCUGGGAGGCCACCACUUCGAGAGCGACACGGAGAUGUCCGACAUCGACGACGACGACAGGGAGACGUUGUUUAGCUCCAUGGACAUGCUCUCGCCCGGCGGCCACUCCGAUGCACAAACUCUGGCCAUGAUGCUGCAGGAGCAGCUGGAUGCGAUCAAUAAGGAGAUUCGGCUGAUCCAGGAGGAGAAGGAGUCGACGGAGCUGCGGGCGGAGGAGAUUGAGAACCGGGUUGCCAGUGUCAGCCUCGAGGGCCUCAACCUGGCUCGAAUGCACCACCACGGAGCCUCCAUCACCGCCUCAGCCACCGCCUCCUCCUUGGCCUCCUCCUCCCCGCCCAGGCGAACCUCCACCCCCAAACUUGAUCCCCGAAGCCCGGCCCGCGAUAUGGAGCGCAUGGGGGUCAUGACGCUGCCCAGUGAUCUGAGGAAACACAGGAGAAGGUACACACACAGUAUCGCGGCGGUGGACGAGGACGGCCACGAGGACAAGGCCACCAUCAAGUGUGAGACGUCGCCCCCGACAACGCCACGCACCGUCCGAAUGACACACACACUGCCCGCCUCCUCGCACAAUGACGCACGAGGGAUCGUGUCGUCUCUGGAGGCGGGAGGCCAGCGCACUGAGACUUGGGGUUUGGGCAAGCUGGGGACUCAGGCCGAGAAGGACCGCAGGUUGAAAAAGAAACACGAGCUGUUGGAGGAGGCCAGGAGAAAGGGUUUACCUUUCGCCCAGUGGGACGGCCCAACGGUGGUAGCCUGGCUGGAGCUGUGGUUGGGAAUGCCGGCCUGGUACGUGGCGGCGUGCCGCGCCAACGUGAAGAGCGGAGCCAUCAUGUCGGCCCUCUCCGACACCGAGAUCCAGAGGGAGAUCGGCAUCAGUAACCCUCUGCACCGCCUCAAACUCCGCCUGGCCAUCCAGGAGAUGGUCUCCCUCACGAGCCCCUCGGCACCGCCCACCUCCAGAACCCCGUCAGGCAAUGUAUGGGUGACCCAUGAGGAGAUGGAGACCAUGGCAGCCCCUUCCAAAACGUCCGACUCUGAGGAGGGCAGCUGGGCACAGGUUCCUUCUGUGAGCUUCUUAACAAACGAUGAACUUCUCUAUCAGACCCUAGCUUACGGCGACAUGAACCACGAGUGGAUAGGGAACGAGUGGCUGCCCAGUCUCGGACUACCUCAGUACCGCAGCUACUUCAUGGAGUGCCUGGUGGACGCGCGCAUGCUGGACCACCUCACCAAGAAGGACCUGAGGGUGCACCUCAAAAUGGUGGACAGCUUCCACAGAACAAGUUUACAGUACGGGAUCAUGGGUCUGAAGAAGCUCAACUAUGACAGGAAGGAGCUGGAGAGGCGCAGGGAGCAUAGUCAGCACGAAAUGAGAGACGUUCUAGUGUGGAGUAACGAGCGGGUCAUCCGCUGGGUGCAGAGCAUCGGCCUGAGGGACUACGCCAACAUCCUGUUCGAGAGCGGUGUACACGGAGCUCUGGUGGCCCUGGACGACAACUUUGACUACAGCAGUCUGGCGCUGCUCCUCCAGAUCCCCAACCAAAACACUCAGGCACGUCAGAUUCUGGAGCGAGAGUACAAUAACAUGCUGGCGCUGGGCACCGACAGGAGGCUGGACGAGUGUGACGACAAAGACUUCCGGGGUCCAUCGUGGAGGAGGCAGUUCCCACCGCGAGACGUUCACGGUAUAAGUAUGAUGCCCGGGUCGGCGGAGACGCUCCCCGCCGGAUUCCGUCUCACCACCACGUCCGGUCACUCCAGAAGAUUGCCACCCGAGGUCGGACCCUCUGCAGUGCAGCGGCUGGACACCUCCACGGUGAGAACCUACUCCUGCUGA